UACAGCACAACAGAAUGUGACGCGGCUGGUACGCACUGGAUGGAACUGAAAUAAGAAUUUCAAAUCUCUGAUUCUAGGGAAGAUUCAGUGCACAUAUACGUUUUCUCCUAUCCACUGAGCCUGCACAGCGAUCAGAUUGAGCCGCUGUGAGAAGAUGACCUAGCGCGGCCUGAUUGGGCCCGCUGAAAAGUAAAAAGGGAGGAGCCUACCUGAGCGUGUGCUUACAAGUCAAAAGCAGGCCGGCACGUUGAAGAUGGCCAGCCGCGCUUCUCCACUGUGCCCCCUGCUGUUCCUGUGCACCCUGACGGCGGCGUGGGGCUUCCCCUUCAGGCCGUCCCUGGACCUGGACGUUACCCCCAGGAUCACCGUGUUCUCAAACGGCCUGCUGGGAUGCCGGAGGUUCAGCGGGGCGGCUCUGAACUACAGCACCCUGCUCCUUGAGGACGAGGCGGGGGUGCUGUACAUCGGGGCCCGGGGUGCUGUGUUCGCCGUGGACACUGGCGACAUCUCCGCCCCCGGCAACAACAUGACCAUUGAGUGGGAGGCGUCACCUGAGCAGAAGAGGCAGUGCAUGAGCAAAGGGAAGGACAAUCAGACGCAGUGCUACAAUCACAUCCGAUUCCUCCAGAGGUACAACGAGACCCACUUGUACGUCUGUGGAACAAACGCCUUCAGACCCCUCUGCGCCUACAUAGAUGUGGAGCACUUCAGACUGUCCUCUGGCUUUGAGGAGGGGCGGGAGAAGUGUCCCUACGACCCGGCCAAGGGCUACACUGGCCUCCUCAUAGACGGCGAGAUGUACACAGCGUCCCAGUAUGAAUUCCGCAGCUCACCGGACAUUCGGCGCAACAUCCCCUACCCCAUUGUGAAGACCGAGGAGGCGCCCACCCGCUGGCUGCUCGAGGCGGACUUUGUGGGGUCGGCGCUGGUGAGGGAGAGUAUCAACAGCUCCAUCGGGGAUGACGACAAGAUCUACUUCUUCUUCACCGAGAAGAGCCAGGAGCCCAUGCCCUACUUCAGCCAGACCCGGGUGGCCCGAGUGGCACGGGUGUGCAAGGGGGACUGGGGAGGCCAGCGCACCCUGCAGCGGAAGUGGACGUCCUUCCUGAAGGCCCGGCUGGUCUGCUCCAUCCCCGACUAUGACUUCCACCUCAACGUCCUGCACAGCGUCUUUGUGGUGGAGGGGCGGGACCCGCAGAGCACCGUCUUCUACGGAGUCUUUGGCCUGGAAUGGAAAAAUGUCAAAGCGUCGGCUGUCUGCCGCUACUCAAUCAUGGAUGUGCAGAAGGCCUUCGAGGGGCCCUACGUGGAGAACCCAGACUCCCCGCAGAGAUGGGCAGAAUACACUGGGAAGGUUCCAGAACCCAGGCCCGGCUCGUGCAUCACAAACCAACUCCGAGCCCGAGGCUUCAACUCGUCCUUCGACCUGCCCGACAAUGUGCUCAACUUCGCCCGGAGGCACCCGCUGGUGUUCCAGCAGGUGCGCCCCCUUGGAGAGCGCCCCCUGCUGUUCAAGAGGAGCGUGGACUACACCAGGAUCGCAGUGCACAGGGUUUCCGCCCUCGACGGGGUCCAGUACGACAUGCUUUUCAUUGGGACAGACGAGGGCUGGCUGCACAAGGCUGUCGAGGUCAAAGGUCAGGUGCACAUCAUCGAGGAGCUGCAGCUGUACGAGGAGCCCCAGCCGGUUGACAGCAUGGUCAUCUCCCAAACACAGAGGAGCAUCUAUGUGGGCUCCCCCUCUGGGGUCCUCCAGCUGCCCCUGUCCUCCUGUGGCAGGUACGCCUCCUGUUUCGACUGCAUCUUCGCGCGGGACCCCUUCUGCGCCUGGGAUGGGACGGGAUGUGUGGAGGUGGCGUCGGUGGCGAACAGGUCCGGCCUCACUCAGGAUGUGAUGAAUGGGAACACGGGCUGUGAGACCAGCGCAGGCGAAGACAUGGCAGCCCACCGCACGCGCUCUGUCGCCGAGGGCGAUGACGUGCUCCUGCAAUGCGAGCAGCGCUCCAACCUGGCCACCCCGCAGUGGACGCUGGACGGUCGGCAGCUGGAGGGAUACGGUCUGGACUCCGGGUACCGGGUCGGCACCGACGGGCUCCUGGUCAUCGGGGCGCGACCCGAGCAGAGCGGGCGGUACCGCUGCUUCGCCGUGGAGAACGGCGUCCGUGUCCUCGUGGCCAGCUACACUGUGUGGGUCCGCCCCGACCUGCCCCCGCUGCCACCCACGAAUCCGCCUCCUGUCGCCAUGACGACGACGACGAGGUCGCCCACGACGAUGACGAGGUCACCCACGACGAUGACGAUGAGGUUGCCGACGACGAUGGCGACGACCACGGCCGCCACUUCCAUGGCCCCUCCGCCAACCAGCAGCCCCACCGAGCAGCCCCUCCCCUCCCCGCCGUCCCCGCCCGCCCCUCUGCCCGCGGGGCCCGAAUUCCAGACCUACCGCAACAUGGAGGCCAUGUACAUCUCGCUGGUGGUGAUCCUCGGGGGCAUGUGCCUGGUGCUGACAGUGGUGCUGCUCUACAUGGCCUUCUGCGUGCAGGGCCAGCGGCCGGGCAGGAAGUGCUCCCUGCAGGGGGGCGGAGCCCGGCCCGAGAGGAAGAGGAGCUCGCACAUGGAGCUGAAGACCAUUUCCAGCCACUGCAACGGAAGGCGGGAGGACGCUCCCGACGGGCACCUGCAGAUCGUGCCGGGGGAGGGCCAGGCCUCGCCCAACAAGGACUCGCCCCCUCCGGCACCCCCGCUGCCCCUCCCCCCGCCCCUGCCGUCCUCCGAGUAUGUCAAUGGGCUGUCGGCGACCCUCCCCAGCGUCCUGCGCAAGAUGAACGGGAACAGCUACAUGCUGCUGCGCCAGGCCGACCCGGAGACUGCCUCCCCGCUGUACUACUCCUUCACCGAGGAGCUCAACAGGAUCCUGGAGAAGAGGAAGCACAACCAGCUAGUCACCAAGCCGGAUGAGAGCUCCGUGUAGCUCCCGCUCCCCUGCAGCGCCCCCUGUGGUGGGGAGGUCUUACUGCGUGCCUGAGGGCCUGACGGCCUUACCGCUAUCCUAAUCCAGUGCUCCUGCAACUUUCCCAAGAUUGAACUCAGCAGAUUGGUGGCCUGUGCAUUUUCAGGUCUAAUUGUGGGAUGGUACUAAACCCAGGCAUUAUAAUAUGCAUUGGCAUGGACUUGCUAGGGAAAGAUUCAAAGCUAAAUCCUGGAAUCUUUGAAAAAGGGACAUUAGAAUUGUAAAUUAAUAUUCACAUGAGCAACAUCAGGCACUUGUCAGGAGCUGCCAUGGCUUUGAUGGAUCCCCUUAUUAAGACCCCCACCUAGUGGAGAGACAAAGGUACUACAGUUGGUUUGGGGGAGGUGCUUACUCAGUCAGUGAGCAAGUGAGCGAGCGAAUGAGUGAGAGAGGGACGCUACCCUUUUCAAUGGCUGUCCACGCAGCCAAAAAUACAAAACACAUCUACCUCAGCAGAGUAUGGCACUUACCGUGCUGUCGACCUUCUGUGAAUAAUUACCCAGAGAACAAGUGACCAUGAGAGUGAUCAGAAAUGGGCCGACCAUCAGACAGGCUGACGAAUGCCUCUGUGUUGGACAGAAGUGGGCCGUUGCCUACGUAACAACCCCAGAAAGAAAGGGCUGAUGGGACUGAAACAGCCCAUCCCACUGCCUGCCCUUUCGAGGAUGAGGAGGAGCGCUCACCUGGGACAGCGUCAGUUGUCAAGCGUGGUCUCGCUGUGCGAGCACACAGAUGGCCGGCACAACACCUUGGGGACAAAGGGUGGAUUACCUGACAGAAAAACACAACCCUCCCCACCUGCUUUUUCUGAAUAUUUUUAUUGUAAAGUAUGUAAAUAGUGACAUUGAUGAAAGAGGCAACCCAAACUAACAGCGCUCAAUGACUGACACUACCAAGCCGUUAAUGGCGAUGGCUCGCAGCAAAAAGGAGCUACAGAAACGUAAGCCAGCACUGCUUUGUAAAAGUGUUGUAUUUCCAAGUCAAGCGAAUACGAUGCCGUUUCGGCAUGGACACCAGUAUUAAUUGUCAGGAUGCACUUUUUUUCUUUGUAAACCUGUUUCACUGCGUCUUCCUGGGGAGGGCUGGGGGGUUGGGAGCUGGAUUCUCCUUGGACAGGCAUGAAAUGGGGGGUGAUGGGGUUGCGUUCGUUGGGGGGGGGCAGGCUGCCGCUGUGGGGGAAGGACAGGCCUGGACUCAUGGAGCACAGUGGAGACUCUAGGAUCAUGGGAGUCCUGAGAAGAGUAGUACACUGGCGGGACGCAGGGCGGGGGGAGGAAGUUACGUAACUACCCUGACACGUGUGGCAGCCGGCGGGGUCCUCGGGCUGGAUAGCUCUGCUAACGGAGUCUAAGUCACGUCAGUGGUGAAGGCCACGCCCUGUUUCUGCCUGAUUCACAGCCGUUUCCUCUCAAGCACUGGAACUCAGGCUCUCUUGGAGAAAUCAGACACCAUCACCCCCAAACCCCACCCACUGACUCCACCCCCCCUACCCCCCAUUUCGUGGACCAACCCAACAGAUCAACCCAUGGGCUGAGCAUUACCCCCACACCGGUCAGUAUUAGCAAACUCCCUUAACCUGUGACAGACCGCCCGGCUUCCUAGACAGUCCUUGUCCAGAUCUUUCUCCCUUUUUUUGUGAGAUCGGACACCUUCACGGUCUGUGAGCAAGCCCUGUCUGUGAACUGCACCAGGACAUAGGGGGCGCCAGAGAGCACAGGCAGAGCCCAGGAUGAAGAGUCAGGAGGUCUCAGAGGUAUGGAGAUGGUUUGCCCUUGAGUGGGACCUGGGCAGCAUCAUGUUUCCUCUCCAGCGUAAGGCGUAACUGUGCCAAGAGAUGGAGGAAGCAGGAAGUAAGAAUGGGGACCCCAGCUGGGAACGUGGUGGACAGCUUCAGACAACCCGUCAUCUUCGUCAGACCGACUCCCAGCAGCGUCUGUUUGUCUAAGUCACGGUCAAGGGCAGAGCUCUAAUGGCUUUCCUUGCACAAGUAAACUGCAGCAUAGGGGAGCUCUGUUGAGUUGCCCAGGAAGUGAGACUCCCAAGAUGGGCCCGGUGUCCAAUUUCACAGGACGUCCUGGGGGGUCACAUGACAUGGAAGCCUCCUCAAGGUGAAAAUUACAACACACAGACACGCACACAGUCUGGUGGACACGUGCAAAGUCUCACACACAGACAAAGAACAGAAAUGGAAAGUGGAUGUCCGAAAGUAGGUCGCCAAUGUCGUUUUUUUUUCGUCUGCAAUAGCUGUGAAUCCCACACUAGCUGUUGGAGAAUGGUGAUCGCCAGCAACCCAGUAGACCAGUCCAGAUUUGCACUAUACUUUUCCUGUGGAGAGAUUUAACCGUGUACAGGAGAUUCGUUCAUCGACGUUAACGUUGCACUGUUUUGUAGUUUUGUAGCUGAAGGUGAUUUGUUGUUGUGUCCUGGUCUGGUGUCCUGACUCUGGUCCCCGUUUGUGACUGACUGCACUGUCCUUCAUCACCUGGGACACUUCUGCCACUGCUUGUCACCAGCACACACAGGACUUCACAAACAAAAAGCAUAUUAAAACAAUGUUUAUAAAGGG